AUGCUGGAGAAUGGAUCUCUGAGGAACUGCUGCGGGCUGGGCGGGCGAGGGGGCUUCGCCUUCCCCCAGGGCGGGGAGGAAGACGGGGAGGCGGCGGCGACUUCGUCGGCAGAGGCGGCGGCAGACCUGAGGCCGGGCUGGGUGGUCACGGUGCUGUCCAGCGUCCUGAUCUUUACCACGGUGGUGGACGUGGUGGGAAGCCUGCUGGUCAUCGUCUCGGUGUCCAAGAACCGCAAGCUCAGGAAUGCAGGCAAUGUGUUUGUGGUUAGCCUGGCACUGGCAGAUUUAGUAGUGGCCUUGUACCCUUAUCCUUUAGUCCUUGUUGCCCUUUUUCACAAUGGCUGGUCAUUGGGGGAAACACACUGCAAAGCAAGCGGCUUUGUGAUGGGAUUGAGCGUUAUAGGCUCCAUCUUCAACAUCACCGCCAUUGCAGUAAACCGAUACUGUUACAUAUGCCACAGUUUUGCAUACAAUAAAGUAUAUAGCUGGCAGAACACAAUGCUCUAUGUCUGUCUGAUCUGGAUUCUGACAGUGGUCGCAACUGUACCAAACUUUUUUGUUGGCUCUCUCAAGUAUGAUCAAAGGAUCUAUUCAUGCACGUUCACUCAAACAGCCAGUUCCUGCUACACCAUUGCUGUUGUCGUCAUCCACUUCAUCCUACCAAUCACCAUCGUGAGCUUCUGCUACUUGCGGAUCUGGAUUCUGGUGAUACGAGUAAAGAAGAAAGUCAAAUCGGAAUUGAAGCUGAAGCUGAAGCUGAAACCAAGCGACUUCCGAAACUUCCUCACCAUGUUUGUUGUCUUUGUGAUCUUUGCCUUUUGCUGGGCACCUUUGAACUUAAUAGGUCUGGCUGUGGCAAUUAAUCCUUCAGAAAUAGCACCCAAAGUUCCUGAGUGGUUGUUUGUUGUGAGCUACUUCAUGGCCUACUUCAACAGUUGCCUUAAUGCAAUAAUCUACGGACUUCUGAACCAAAAUUUUCGGAAGGAAUAUAAACGAAUCCUAAUGUCACUGUGGACACCCACGCUGUUUCUUCAGAACACUUCCAAAUGGGGGGACAGAAGUUCAGAAGAGCAAACCUUCACCUGCUUUAAAUAA